AUGCUAUUCCUCAUGAAGCUGCUGGCCUCCUUCACUACCUUGAGCUUGGCUGCCACAGCUGCUGCCGUCCCUAUAUUUUCAUCCCGCGGUGCAGCGUCGAGAACGGCAGGAGCGGCCUACUUCAUCACGAACGAAGACAAGAAUUUCGUUGUGGUAAAUAGGAUCUCUCCUGACGGUUCCGUGAAAUUAGCCGGGGCGAUUUCGACCAGAGGACGUGGCGCCGCUGGAGCGAUGGAAGCGCCGGGACCAGACCCGCUGUUUACACAAGAUGCUGUCAAAGUUGGCGGCAGCAACCUCUUCACGAUCAACGCGGGAUCCAACACCGUCGUCAUGUUCAGCAUUGAUGCCGCCGAUCCCGCUCGUUUGAAGAUGGUUGGCAAUCCAGUGAGUUCUGGCGGCGAGUUCCCCGUAUCCGUCGCGUUCUCGGCUGCAAGAAAUAUGGUCUGCGUUGUGAACGGCGGAGCUGUGACCAACGUCAACUGCUAUAAGCCCGAUGCCGAGCUUGGACUCGUCGCUAUUCAAGGCACGAAUCGCCCACUCACCCUACCCGUGCCUCAAACGACGCCUCCGACUGGUCCAGCAGGGACCAUCUCGGACAUCAUCUUCAGCGAAGAUUCAAGCAAACUCCUCGUCUCAGUCAAGGGAGUUCCACCGACCCCUGGGUUCCUUGCAAGCUGGGACGUCGCCGAGAAUGGGACGCUCUCGGAGGAGUUCUUGUCUAGCCCACCCGCGGAAGGCGGACUUCUGCCAUUCUCGUUGACGCUGGUCAAUGGAAAGAAUGCGCUACUCGCGACUGAUGCAGGGGUUGGGUUCGAAACUUUCGACCUAAAUACCUUGAAUGGAGCGUCCUCCUCCCCGGCUAAGAGCCAGGUGGUUCCGAUUGAGGGUCAGGGCGCGACGUGCUGGUCCAAUUUCUCCAACAAGACUGGGACGUACUUUUUGACUGACAUCAUCACGAGCAUCGUCACUGAGGUAGACGUCCUCGACGAUCUGUCCGGUAAGAUCGUCAAGCAGUAUCCCCUCGCCCCGGGGUCCGCCACGAUCGACAACGCCAUCGCUGCGCUUCCAACAAAUGACUUCCUCUAUGUACUCUCCCCGAAUGCCACUGCCAUUGAUGUCAUGGCUUUGAACGGUCCAGGUCAAGCGACCUCCGUCGGUCGCUUUGACUUCGGCGCAGUGGCGGCAAAGCUUAAUUUGCCUGUCAGUCCUACCAGACUGCAGGGCAUGGCUGUAUUCGUGAAGUCAGUGUAG